GCAGGAAUGCCAGGACCCCCCCUGUGUGGGAGCACCGGGACCGUCCCUGUGCCAGCCACUGACAGGAUUUUGUCUCUGGCAGGAUCAGGGUCAGAGCUGGAGGAGAAUGGCAAGAGUGGCAGCAAGAAACUGGACACCAUGACCCUGAUUAAGGAAGACAUGGACAUCUUCGGGCACUGCCCCGCGCACGACGAGUUCUACCUGGUGGUGUGCAACCACUGCAGCCAAGUGGUGAAGCCCCAGGCCUUCCAGAAGCACUGUGAACGCCGGCACGGCCCGCUCAGCAAGCUCUAUGCCCGUGCCACCACGUGCCACGUUGCCGUGAACGGGCAGCCGGUGCCUGGCAGGACCCCCGGAGCAGCCAAAGCCCUGCAGGAGAAGCUCCCUGGUGCCCGUGGGAGAGCCCAGCCCCUCCCUGAGCACACGGACAAGGACAACAGCCUCUGCUUGUUUGUGCCCGUGGUGAACCUGGAGAAGAUUCCCAGCAUUCCCAAACCGGACGGGCACGGGAUCAAGGUGCCCCCCAAAGCCGUCCCCACCAACUCCAAGGAAUCCCUGGGGAAAGCCGCGGCUGCCGCGGUGCCCAAAGAGCCCCCGGUGCCCGCCGGGGUCGGGGGGGAUUCGGCCAUGCCGGAGAGCGUCCCUGCUCCGGGGGACAAGGAUGUGGGGGCCCCCAAAGCGCCCCCCAGGUCCCACAGGAAGCUGGCGCGUAAGGAGUGUGACCUGAACCGGCAGUGUGGGGUGCGGAACCCCGACACCAACAAGCUCUGCACCCGCCUGCUGACCUGCAAGAUCCACUCGGUGCACCAGCGCCGCGAGGUGCAGGGCCGGGCCAAGGAUUUCGAUGUGCUGGUGGCCGAGCUCAAGGCCAGCACCCGCCGAGGGGACCCCCCGAAAGACAGGAGCCCCCCUGAGAAGGACCCACUGCACCCUGCCCUGCAGGACACCCCCUCACUGCUGCAGCCCCCCAAUACCCCUCCCUGCCGAGCCAGGCUGUCCCACUGCUUGCACCCCCCCAGGGCCCGCCUUUCCUCUGCCAGUGACCCUGAGGAUGCUCCUGCCACCUCUGGGGAGGGGAGCACAGGGGGCCUCCCUCUCCCCCUGCCCAAGGGGGGCAGCCGUGUGUCCAGCGAGGACAGUGAGGAGGAGGGGGGCGAGGAGCCCCCCCGGACCCCAGUGCGCCCACCACGGCCUCAGGCGUUCUGCACCUUCGGGAGCCGCCUGGUGACCCCGGGCUGUUACGUGUUCGACCGACGGCUGGACCGGUUCUGCGCCGCGCUGGGCUCCAUGCUGGAGCAGCACCUCAGCGCACACAGGUGGAGGAAGAUCCCUCCAGCCGUCGUCCCCGCUCUUCACCUCCCCGCAGCGCCCCCCAGCCCCGCUGCCCCCCUUUACGGCCCUGCAGCCCCUUCCCCGCCCCUCCGGACCCUCUCGGCGGCGGGGGGCUGCCGGGUCCCCACCAGCCUCACCUACACCGUGGGGUCGCCCCCGGCGGCGGCCGCCUGCAGCCAGCCCGAGUGCGGGGGAGGGGGCACGCAGUCCAUCACCUCCCCCCUCCCCGCCAACACCCCCUCGCCCUCCUUCAGCAAACUGCCCCCCAGCAAGGCCAGCAAAUCCCCCCGGGCACGGGAGGCGCCCGGCGGGACGGACGCGGAGCCCCGGCCCUGGCAGCCCCCCCCCACGGCCGGCAGCCCCCCCUACAAACGGACCUGCUUGGGGGACAGCGUCAAGGGCAAAAAUCAGGGCUUGGCUCCCCCCGGCAAGACGAAACUCACCCCCCCGGCUUCGCCCUCCAUCGCCAUCCUCAACGGGACCCCGCGGGUGCGCCGGCCGCCCCCCGGCCAGCCCUGCCGUGCCCCCCCCGCCGCCCUGGACCCCCAAACGCCGCCGCUGCACGGGCUGGGGCUGGGGGGGCCCCCCCGGGGGCUCUCUGAGGACGAGGUGAAGAAGCGCAAGAACGCGGCCACCUACUGCCGAGCCCUGAAGGCCAAAGCGCCCCCCCUGCCCGGGCCCCCCACGCCCCCCGGCUCCGGCAGCUCCGGCUCGGGGGGCUCCCUCCGCAGGAAGAAGCCGGGGACACCCCUGGGCUUCGAGGAGAAGAGGAGCGCCCUGAAGUCCAAAGCCCAUUAACAGAGGGGUCACCGGGGGCCCCCCUGUGUCCUCCCCACCGGGAAACGCCAGAAAACCGAUGAAGAGGGAAAAAACGAUCCCAAGGAAACACGAAGGAAAAAUCCCAAACUUCCAGAAAAUACCUCAAAACUCUCAGUUCUGUUCUCUUGCUGCUAAACCAGCCCCGGGAGGGGGGGGCGGCCCUGGGGACCCCCC